GUAUCCCUUGUAAGCCACCUCCGGAUAUUCCCAAUGGGAAGCACACGGGCAGGCUGCUGGAUGAAUUCCACUUCGGUACAUCAGUAACAUACACCUGCAACCCCGGGUACCCCCUCCACGGAGAGCCCUCCAUCCACUGCACCACCUGGGACGGGGAAAACGGCGUGUGGAGCGGCCCCCCGCCGCAGUGCGGAGUAGCUGGCUGCAGUGCACCUCCCAGACUGGUGUUUGCUGAGCUGAAGGAGCCGUACAGCAACCAGACGGUCUUUCCCGUGGGGAGGACGGUGGAAUACGUCUGCCGGCCUGGGUACGCCCAGCACCUGGGGAUGCCACGGGCCAUCACCUGCCUUGGGAACCAGACGUGGUCUCCAGCACUGGAGUUCUGUAAAAGGAAACAAUGUCCCAACCCAGGGGAUCCGGAGAAUGGCAGAGCUGUUGUCCUGACAGACCUCCUCUUCGGGUCCAAAAUCAAUUACACUUGUGACAAAGGGUACAAGUUGGUUGGAGGCUCUCAGAGAACAUGCGAGGUCUCUGGCACACGUGUCUCGUGGAGUGGAGAUGCUCCUGUCUGCCAGCGUAUCAUCUGUGAUCCACCUCCGGACGUCCCCCAUGGGAGACACAGCGGACACUCAAGGGACACCUUCUCCUACGCGGAUGUGGUCACCUACACCUGUGACCCCAGCCACAUGCUGGCGGGAGAGCCCUCCAUCUUCUGCACCACGUUGGACGGGGAGCACGGGGUGUGGAGCGGGCCACCACCACGGUGUGAAGGUAGGGCUCUGCCGUGCGUGGGCGUCCGUCUGUCUGUCCAUCCAUCUGUCCAUGCCAAGGUGAAGUGUCCUCCCCCUCCAGGCAUUGCCAACGGGGAGCACAGUGGCCAGUCCUCAGACAUCCACCUCCCGGGCUCGGCGGUGCAGUACACCUGCAGCGAUGGCUACUCCCUCGUUGGGAACGCCUCUAUUUUCUGUACUGCUGGGGGAAUGUGGAGCCGGCCCCGGCCCCGAUGUGAAGCAACCGGCUGCAAAAGACCAGAGAUAGAGAACGGAAGAACGACUGGGCUGGAGACCAUGUACAGACUUGCAGACACCAUUAUCUUUGAAUGUGAUUUUGGUUAUGCCUUGAAGGGCUCUCAAGAGUCUCAGUGCCAGUUUGGGGGCAUAUGGGACCCUCCUGUCCCCAUCUGUGAAAAGAUGCUACAGUGUCCUUCACCUCCAAAUAUCAAAAAUGGCCAGCAUGAGAGCAAGGAUAUGAAAGUGUUCAUCCCUGGAAUAUCAGUGAAGUACUACUGUGACCCGGGGUACGUCCUCACUGGGAAAACAACUGUUUCUUGUUUGACAUCUGGAACCUGGAGCAUCCCUUACCCGCGGUGUGAAGUGAUCACCUGCACAAGCCCCAGCAUCCAGGAUGGAGAAGUGGCUGGAGGACAAAGAGCUGUGUACCAUCCCGGGGCCAACAUCACCUUCCAGUGCCACCCAGGCUAUGUGCUGCGGGGCAGCCCUGAAGCCAAGUGCCAGCCCGAUGGCCGCUGGGUGCCCGCUGUCCCCAGAUGUGUGCCAGGUAAAAUCACUAAAACACCGUUCUCUGCUCCUGCCCUGUUAGCGCUGCCUUGUCCUCCACCUCCCGUCAUCGCCAACGCCACGCACAGCGCAGAGCUCGGGGCAAACUUCACCAGUGGCAUGUCCGUGAGCUACAGCUGCCAGCCCGGCUUCUCUCUCCUUGUGCUGCAAUGUCCUUCACCUCCAAAUAUUGACAAAGGAAAUCACAACAGCCAGGACUUGGAAGUUUUCACUGCUGGGAUGGUUGUAAAUUACAGCUGUGACCCUGGCUACAACCUCCUGGGAGAAGCAUCGAUUUACUGUACCGACUCUGGAAACUGGAGCCUCCCUCUUCCUCGAUGUGCAGUGAGGUGUCUGCCUCCUCCAAGCAUUGCUAACGGGGAGCACAGCAGUCCUUUCUCAGACACUUUUGAUGUCGGAGCACUUGUGCAGUACCGCUGCAAACAUGGUUUCUCCCUUAUUGGGAAUAAGUCCGUUCGUUGUACAACACACGGAGUCUGGAGCCAUCCCCUUCCUCGGUGCGAAGGUGGUUCUCCACACCCUCACUGUCCACAGUUGGCUGUGUGAGUUGGGAAUGGAAAAGCAAUCAGAUUGGAGUCCCCCUGUAUGCCUGGAGACAUCAUUACAAUUGAAUGCAACACUGCUAAUGUCCCAAAAGACCUUCACAGGUCACAGUGCCAGCCUGGGGACACAUGGGAUCCUCCACUCCCUGUCUAUGAAAGAGAAGCAGGUGUUACCUGUCCUUUGUCUCUCCCUGACUUUCCAGCUGUGAAGUGUCCCCAUCCUCCACAUAUCACCAACGGGAAGCUCAAAGGAAACAUCUCUGAGGCUUUUUCCUAUGGAGCAUCUCUAUCCUACAGCUGCAAUCCUGGUUAUUCCCUCGUUGGAAAUGCUUUCAUCAGCUGCACAGUGUCAGGAACCUGGAGCCAGCCUCCUCCUCAGUGCAAAGAGGUGAGAUGUGUAUUCCCGGAAGUUCAAGGUGUUAAGAAAGCCAUAAAAGGAAAUACUUAUCGCUCUGGGACUAACAUCACUCUUGAAUGUGAUGAUGGUUACACAUUGGAAGGCAUCAGUCAGAUUCAGUGCCAAGAGGACUUCAGCUGGGACCCU